AUGUGGAUAUGCUCCGGUUGUUUGCUCGAAGGCAGCAUAGACACGGCGAACAGACGUGAUAAAGAAAGCCAAGAGACAGAAGAAUGCAAGUUUAGAAAGAUAACUUGUGAAUCUUGUGAUGAACAGUUGGUGUACGUUGAUUAUAAAAAACACCAGUGUACGCUAAGAAAAGAAAUCAACGAAGUUAAAUCACGCUUGGAUGAAAUGAGCGAUGCACUAAAACAAGUUGUUCUUACUCAAGGGGAAGUACUGGAAAAGCUCAAAGUCAACGACAAAAGUAUUAAGGAUAUUCAAAAUACUCUACAGUAUGUCACACAUUUAAUUGAAAACUGUCUGUUUUUCCCAUGUAACAAAUCAUUUUCGUUCCUUCACGGGAAGAGAAAAAUGCUUUGUGGUGGCAUGGAUUCAAAGCGAAUUUAA